AUGGAAACCGAUAUCUCCAAGAACACGGGCGUGCUCGACCGUCCAGACGGUGGGGCCAGCAUCUACCAGCAAAUCGACAUGCUCCGAGACCACAUUGAUCGCGCACAGCCGCCCGAGAAGCCUCUGCCUGUGAUGGCAUCGCAUCGAGGCCGACUUUUCUCGGCUGCCUCGCAGCUGUGGCUCCUCUUCGUCUAUCUUCUGCGAGAUGCGCGCAAGAAUAAGCGCCCGCUGCUCAUGGGAUGCACCGCAAUCGCCCUCGUUGUGGCAAUUCUCAGUGCCGCACAAGACUUUGUCUCGAAGGCACCUCUCAUCUUUCUCAAGCUCUCGGAAGACAUUAUCGGAGAAUACGAUUUGCUCUGCGUCGGCCAAUCGACGUCGGCCCAGCCGAUCCCUCUUCUCAACUUCACUUCGCUGAACGCGGCACUGGACGGCACAACCUCACUCGAGGGUGCAUCGCCGAGAUGGCUGUUCCCGUCAAGAAUCAGGAACAGUCAAAAUGCGUCGGACUGGAAGCAUGCCUAUCUGCUUGUCGUUGACUUUGAGCUGGAGAAGCGAAUCGGUCUUGCCAGUUCUUGGCCGUACCAAGAGCUGUCGCAAGGUCAGAUCUCGAUCACAGCGUCGCUCCUUCCGCAAAUCCACGUCGAGCCCAACAGCAACCAAAACGCAACCGUCCAACUCGCGCUUGCAGACUAUCUCCAGCUCAGCUUGCCAUCCCUUGGUGUCGCAGGACAGGGCGGCCCUUCCCAAAGCUUUGAUGUCCUGAGUGCUGUACUGCCACCCGGAUCCAACUACACCCUCAGUCCGCUCUUUGUUUCUCUGCUGAAUCCAACGCUGGCCAACACGAUCAGCGAAUCGUUUUCAAAAGAUUCAUCUGGAAAUUACAUUGUCGAUCAGAACGGCGUCACAAACUUUGUCAACAACUCGCCUCAAUACCAGUUCAACAACAGCUUCGUUGUCAUGGAUGGCCUUGAGUCUCCAUUCGGAAAGUAUCCCAGCAGCAUCGGCAAUGUCAUUCUGAUGGACUAUCAGACUGCGCAAGCCUGGGGGCAAAACAUUCUCGUUCAGGCACAAAACGACAGUGUCCUGGGACUUGUGCUCUCGCUCUCGCAGUCUCCGAAUGGCACGAGCGGGUUUGAUCCAUCAACCUUCCGCCUCAAGGAUUACACGAUGCUGGUUUCGAUGAUGAUGGCAGAUCGCGUGCAAAGCUACCUCGAGGAUGCCACCGCAAGGGUCGGGGACCUCAUUUCAUUCUCGAACGACGUUUUCCUGCGGCUGGGCACCGACUACCCCAUGCGAUGCUACGAUUUGCUAUCAAACUCGUUGGAUGUCACGGAUUUGUUCCGAGUGUACUUUCAGCAGGCCCUGCUCGUCGUUGUAAUCGUGCUCGUGUUUCUGGGAUGCCUGGUUAUCUACUCAGUCCUCCUGACCAACGUGUCCGAAAAGACAUAUGAGUUUGGAAUGCUUCGGAUGCUUGGCAUGUCUCAUGGGCAUAUUGUCAAUCUACUGAUCUCGCAGUAUCUGUUUUUGGCAAUUCCAGGCGUCAGCGUUGGGCUGUUGGUCGGAUUCCUGAUCUCGCUUGGAAGCAACGGCUACAUAUUCUCGUUGACCAGGAUCGUGCUCGCGCCUGGACUGGGUGCCGUCCCCAUCGCCCUCGGAGCUUCCAUGGGUUUUGCCUUCCCACUUAUCGGCAUUACUGUGCCAAUCCAACGUGCCUUGGGCAAGACUCUGCGCGAUUCGCUCGACAUGUUCCACCACAUGGCUCUCCAAACUUCGGCAACAGUCCAGACAAUGGAGAGCCUUGGCGUGAGUCCGACCCAUUCACUGCUCGCUCUGGUUGUCGUCGGAGUCGGGCUGCUAGUGUACUGCGGAUCUCCAUUGGCGUUUGUUCUCGGCGACACCAGUCUGUUCUUCACGAUCAUGACGACUCUAUUGAUAGGCCUGAUCAUCGGACUAGUGGUCAUCGGGCACGCACUUCAGCAUCCGCUUGAACAUGUGCUCGCUUUCUGCAUCAUAUGGGGCGCCGAUCGACCCCUUCACAGCGUCGUCAGCAAGAACUUGACCGUCCACCGGUCGACCAACUCGACGGCGUCGCUCAUUUUCUCUCUGUGUCUUGCAUUCAUUAUCUUUGCUGCUGCCAUGUUUGAUCUGCAAUCCAGCUCGUUUUCAGAACAAAUCGAGUGGUCGCAGGGAUCGAACGUCGUUGUUUCCAGCAGCAGCAUCGGCACUCCUCUAAACGCAUCGGCCCUGCGAGAAUAUUUUACGUUGCUGCAGAGCGGCUCGUUGGAGGACCGUGACCCUUCCGUUGUCGAAAGCUUCAGCUUCGCCUCUUUCCCGAUGAACCAGGAAGCUGUCCUGUCCUCAUCUCAGCUUCGCAGCUUGGUCUCCAUUUCGGCCUUCACGGUGUCGGUACAGAUUACCGCACUCGAAUCCAGCUUUCUCAGCUCCGUCAACUCUCGGUACUAUGUUCCCUCGGCGACAGACGAAUCCCUCAGCUUUCCAAUGACCAGCUCGGGCAAGCCCGAUAUUUUCCAGACACUCUACAAUCCCUCUGCGCGCGCCAUGCUGCAGGCACCGCUCGACCCGCCGCUGCUCUCUGAUUAUGUCGCAACGGUCGAUACUCAGUUCAUGAGCCACUUCCAGACGACGCCGCUGAUACCAGUGAUCAUUGCGGACUCUCUCAAGAACGACAUCAUCACCGUCAACCAGCAUUUGAUUCUUGACUUGUCGGUCAACUCGGCCCAGGCAUCGGACAAGAUCUUCAUCGUCAAGCCGAUAGCUGCCGUGGAAAAGCUCCCCGGGUUUCCCUCUAUCAUACAGCAGUCCACGUCAAACACUCCCCUCUUCGUCACCUUCAGCGACUAUGCGUUCCUGCUCAAUGUGUCCUAUGGCGCCUCGUCUCUUGCUCCGCCAAGCAGUGGAAUCUCGGUUCCCGUCCAGCGAGCAUUUGUCAAUAUCCGGGACUCGGCUUCAGCAGACCAGAAGCUCGCUGUGGUCAAUGACCUCAACACACUCGUCACCGGCAGCACCUUCACCGUCACCACGCUGGAUCAAGAAGUCAGUGUUACUGCGGCAACAUCAAGCAGUAUCUUGGUCAUUUUCUAUAUUGUUUCUUUCGUGGCUGUGAUCCUGUGCUUCAUUGUUCUCUGGGUCACAUUCCUGGAGAACAUGCGAAGCAGCUCGUGGGAACUGGGGGUGCUCCGAUCAAUCGGGUUGGAGAAGCUUCAAAUCGUCAAGAUAUAUGUGUAUGAGGCAGUCUCCCUGCUACUGGCAUCGAUGCUGGUUGGCACAGUCGUUGGCCUACUCACCUCCGCGACGCUGAAUCUGCAAUUCACAACAUUCCUGGACCUCCCCUUUGACUUCAGUUUCCCGCUCGGAUUGUUCAUCUUUACUGUGCUGGUCUCGUUGUCGGUUGGCGUGCUGGCGUCGGCAAUCCCAGCCAAUGCCUACAACCGGAUUCAUGUUGCGCAGCUACUCAAGGGGGGUCUGUAGAAAGCAGGCUCGCUUGUUCACGAUGCUGGUGGCAUCUGUCCAAGCAAACAACGGCGGAACCCAAUGGAUGACGCAUGGCCGAGCAUCCGACUCGCUGAUUCUGAAUAUGUUAUCGGCCACCAAGACACUAUCGCAUCGAGUCAGCACAGCACCGAUGGGCAGAGAGAAAACAGAGUGGAUCUAUUUCGCUUCUUCAAAGCAGCAAAAGGGAAUCGCCAGACGAGCAAGAGGGAGGGGGUCGGGAUCUCGCAUAAAUAUAAAUACGCUCAAUACAAAGUACAAAGGUAUGAAUGGAUAGGAAAGAAGCACAGAGUCGAAAAGAGAGGCAAAGAUAGGGAGUGAAGUGGAAGUUGUGUACACGAAAAGUAGGAACAUAAACAGCCACGCCAGAAGUAAACCACAAAUUCCC